UUUCACUUCUACACCUCUUUAUCUCCAGCAACAUGAUGUCCAUGUGAUGCGUGUUCCUGGCAUCGUCUCAGCCCCUCGAGAAGUUCAUGGGAAAAAGUCCUGCAUCGUGAAGCGCUGAGGGGAAGGACCUGAGGGGGGAGAAGGCAGCAGAGGAGCGUUCGGAGGAAAAGAAUGGAGCCUGUUUGUGGAACGAGGAUCAAAGCCUCCAAAGCUUCAUGCGGAGCUGAAUAGAGCUCAGAGGAGGUUUUUGCCAAGUGUUUUUCGAGCCGAGUGGUGUGGAGGAGUUGUCACCGCGGCUCAGGGAGUUCCAUGUUUGUGGAGGUGCUGGGGGCGCGGGGGCAGAGGUCAGCGGCUGCCAGGCUGCAGCUAUGGUCGUUGAGGCGAGGCUUCCUCCCUCCUUGUCAGUGACCUCGCCUUCUGUCUCACCAUGCACGAGCACAACACCGCCACUGCCUUCUACAUCCUCCUGGAGCUGCUGAUCGCCGUCUUCUCCGUGCUGGGCAAUGUGCUGGUGUGCUGGGCCGUGUGCCUCAACAGCAACCUGCAGAGCAUCACCAACUUCUUCGUGGUGUCCCUGGCGGUGGCGGACAUAGCGGUGGGCGUCCUGGCCAUUCCUUUCGCCAUCGUCAUCAGCACGGGGUUUUGCUCCAACUUCUAUGGCUGCCUGUUCAUCGCCUGCUUCGUGCUGGUCCUCACUCAGAGCUCCAUCUUCAGCCUGCUGGCCAUCGCCAUAGACCGCUACAUCGCCAUCAAGUUACCUCUCAGGUACAACAGCUUGGUGACGGGCCAGCGGGCACGGGGUAUCAUCGCCAUUUGCUGGGUGUUUUCCAUCAUCAUCGGUCUGACCCCCAUGAUGGGAUGGCACAAGGUCUACCCAUCUGACCGGCACAUGAACAGCACCUGCUCGCCCGGCCUGAUGAAGUGCCUGUUUGAGGCGGUGGUGGACAUGAAAUACAUGGUCUACUUCAACUUCUUCGGCUGUGUUCUGAUCCCCCUGCUGCUGAUGCUGGCCAUCUACUUGUGUAUCUUCAUGGCAGCUCGCCACCAGCUGAAGCUGAUCGAACUCAAAGCUGUUCACGGGGAGAAGUCGAGCUCCAUCCUGCAGAAAGAGGUUCAGGCAGCCAAAUCUCUGGCCAUCAUAGUCGGGCUGUUCGCCGCCUGCUGGCUGCCUUUACACAUCAUCAACUGCUUCACCCUCUUCUGCCCCAACUGUCCUCGUCCUCCGCUCUGGAUCAUGUACGUGGCCAUCAUCCUGUCCCACGCCAACUCUGUGGUCAACCCCUUCAUCUACGCCUACCGCAUCCGAGAGUUCAGACAAACCUUUCGUAAGAUCAUCCGGCGCCACAUCCUGGGCCGGCAUGAGCUGAUGGAGAGCGGCAGCAGCAAGCGCAACUCCACCCAUAACAGCAUCACAGACUCCAUCAGACUGAAGGCAAACGGUCUGAGCUUUGACUUCUUUACAGAGCACAGCAGCGGCAGCAGCUGUGAGAGCUCCUACCCGAGCCACAUCACUCCUGUAGGGGGCGGUCUGGUGGCAGUAUCGCACCCCCCUCUGUCGGUCAUCAUCCCCCACAGUCCUAAGGGGGAUCUGUGCCCGUUGCAGGCCCUCACACACACACAAAUCACCGUGGGCCAGCAUCUACAGUAUGCAGAGCAGCAGUGUGGCUGCCUGGCUCCAGAAGCGGUGGAGGGAAAGGAGAGCAUCUACUCUGCCCAGGUCACAUCACUGCUGAACCAGCAGAACAGGAACUGCUGCAUCAGUGACAUGGCCAAGGUGUCCUGAUGCAUGGAGAGGAGACGUUCACCGCUUCUCAUGAGCAUCUUGCCCUUUGAAUGAAACAUGAAUGGAUGAAAUGUUUCGUAUCAGCUCAGAGACACGACGUGUCAGCCUUCAUUAUCAAUGGACAGGCCAGCACUCAUGUCAGAGGCUAAAGCUGAAAUGGCACCUCAUGCCACUCAGAUAAUGUAAUUCCUAUUGCCACCAACGCAAGGACAGUACGUUUCACCACUGAUUGAUUGCUUUAUUUUUGUUUGUUAAAGACUAUGUAGUGUUUCACUUUUGUAAAAGCAAAAGUUGCAGUUUGGUUAUUUAAAGCUGAAAUGUAGCACUGUGUUUAUGUUUGCUCAAGGUUAAUAUGUGAUUGUGUUUGUGUUUAAAUUAAAUCCAUGUAAAUGUUGACUUGUGAGGUCAUUUGAUAAAUGACGGAGCCACAUAUGAAAUGACAGGAUUGUGCAUUAGUACAUUUUAGCAGCAAAACCCAAACCAAAAUCAUGGGAGUUGUGUAACUUAAUGAAUAUGUGCUCAGUCCAAAGCAGCUGUCACCUUCUAUGCCUCUGUUUUCAUAAGUAGGAUGCAAUGUUCAUUGGGCCAAAGUCUUGUCUCAAAAUAAAUACUUUAACAUUUU